AUGGGCUGGUAUGGAGUUAUGGAACUCACACAGCGGUAUCAAACGGAGCUGAAAUCAGUGUGGCAGUCACAUCUUCGGUUAGAAAAACAAAUCCAUGAUGCAGAGGCCCUUAAAAUGGUGGUGGAUCACCUGCAUGAUCAUAUCAGUGGCAUCAACAAGAAUAUUUCGCAUUCUAUCAAGCAAAUUCUAGAGGAGAGUGAUAUCCCAGGAGAGAACAAAGAACAAGUGGUCAAAAUGAUCAAUUUGGCUAUUAAGAAGAUAUAUGAGGAUCAUGUACAAAUGGCUGAUUGGGCUCAAAAAACGCUAGGAGCCACCAUCGAUAAAGAGAGAACAUCUGAGAGUUAUAAGACUGAGAGUAUGAACAUUUGCUGGUUUUUCUGUUCAGCAAAGCCGCCUGAAACUGUUUUAGAGCCAGACGUUCACCCUGGAAACUGCUGGGCUUUUCGAGGAUCUGAGGGCCAUGUAGUAAUUAAACUGCCUGAAAAAAUCUACCCAUUGGCUGUUACAGUUCAGCACGUCGCCCAAGCCAUCACCCCUUCUGAAAGCAUCGUGGCAGCCUUGAAGGAUUUUGUGGUCUCUGGCCUAGAUGAUGGGACAGGUGAAGAAACUCUACUGGGAAUAUUCAUGUACGACAUUGACAAAGAGCCCAUUCAGACAUUCCAACUCCAGAAUCAACAUUCAAAACAGUUUCUGUAUAUAAAGUUUAAGAUACUGAGCAACUGGGGCAACCAAGAGUUCACCUGCAUCUAUCGACUCAGGGUACAUGGGAAUAUCGCCAACCUCUUGGGCCCUUUGGAUGAAGGCAGUGAGUGA